AUGCUGCCCAGUGUGUGGACAGGACCUCCCUACAGAGCAGGCUCUGAGAAAACACCUACAGGCACACAUGGGGAGGACCUCGGUCACAACGGGGGACAGGAAGACGGGGAGGAGGAAGUUGGUGGUCUGAUCAAUUCUGAUGGAGAGGACGUUGGCUGGGACACUUCUCAUCUUAGUGAGAGUCCUGUCCAUGGCUCUGGUAGUGAAGGAGGAAGUCCCCCUAAAUCACACAUCAACAAGGAUCCUGGUCACCAAUCCAGCACCAAAGCUAUAGAGUCCCAGGGUCCCGAUCCAAGACAUGAGGAGGACAUCACUCAAACACCUGGGAUGAACAUUCAUAUUGUAGAAGAGGGGAAGGAGGAAGUGAAAGAGGAGGAUGAAGUUGGUGGUUUCAUCAAUUAUGAAGGAGAAGAAUUUAACUGGGAUUCUGUUCAACAUAGAGAGAGCCCUAACUGUGGCUUAGACAGCAGAGCGAGUCCCGCCACAUCAGAACAUCCUGAACACCAGGAGAGUCACAAAACGAAGACGUCUCACUGCUGCUCGGUGUGUGGCAGAGAGUGCUACAAGCUCUCGGUACUACAGAUCCACAUGAGAAUCCACACGGGAGAGAAGCCGUACCCCUGCCCCGACUGUGGCAAGAAGUUCGCUCACCUGGGAGCCAUGAGACGACACCUCCUCACACACACGGGAGAGAAGCCCUACUCUUGCCCUGUGUGUGGGAAGAGUUUCACCCAAUCCGGACAUCUGAGGGAGCACCAGCAGUCUCACAGUGGAGAGAAGCCUCACCUGUGUCUGGUCUGUGGGAGAGGGUUCUCUAGAGCGUCACACCUCAGGAUCCACCACAGAGUUCACACAGGGGAGAGGCCGUACAGCUGUGACUACUGUGGGAAGAGAUACGGCCGCUGUCAGAAGCUACGGGCUCACCAACGGACACACCACAGUGACAGGACGCACGCUGAUACUGGAGAGGAGACGGAGUGAAUGACCACGAGGCUUUGAACGCAAGACGUGAUCAGCUUAGUAUUCCUAUUGGUGGUGUUAGCCCGGCUGGACAACAACAAUGAUACACGUUGAUCGUCAUCAGUCAGGAGAACAAUACACUCCAUUGGAAUAGACAUGGUUCUAGAAUCCACCUAAAUGAUUCCCAGAGUUCUGAUGCAGGACACGGGCUGCUGGGGAGGGGACAGCUGCUGGGUGAAGUUCCCCUGCCUGAAUCCUAACCUUAACCAUUAGUGGGGAGAUGCAAAACUGACCAGCGUCUCGGGGCAACUUCACCCUACUCUGUUUGGGGGAAAGAAUGGGGAGGCUUUAUCAGUAAGUGUUGACAGUAGAACUACGGGUGUUUGUUAGUAGGGUGGACAAACACAACUAUUAACCUUAUGAUGAAGAACGAUAGGCUCGGUUAGAACAAUUUACAAUGGACGUGGUUCUACAUUCCACUCGAAGAAAGCACCCAGUUCUGAUGGAGAGAUGAAAUAAUCAGUGCUGUUCAGUUUGUUAUUGAACUUGAACCAGAGAAAGUGAACCCCCAAAAGAUGGCUGCUAGACGGUGUUCUAAAUUGGAAUCGUGGAACGCUUGUUCUCUGUCCACCACAUUCUGUGUGAGGAACCCCAGUUGAAAUGAUUGUUUAAAAAAAAAAAAUAGAAUGUUGAUGUAAUAAUUGUGUUCUAUAUUGGAUAACAUCCCAAAUAAUGUUCAGUCACAGGACGUUUUGAUCCCAGAGAGAGAGAGAGCUGUGGCUCCGUCAUUCAGUUCAUUACGCCUCUAUAAGAUCGUAAACAAAGGUGUGUCAUGGUGAUUUGAAUAAAUAGGUGACAAAAACCUACCUAACUGUUUAAUCUAUUGAAUAAAAAUAAAAAAAAGUUUCUGUUUUCGGGUACCAUUUUAUGCCAACUCUUUUCACACUACUGAGCCAAGCUGAUGGAUAUCAAGAAUAAGGUUUUUAUUUGCUAUGCUUGAAGACGGCCUUGGUAAAUGUCGGGCUUUUACAUGGCAAUGCGGAAAAUGUAACAGGGCUAUAUUGAAGUGUUUACUAUGAUUACAGCAAAGGAACUGUCAGUUUACUCAGUUGAACUGUUGGUGAUAAUAGUUGCCCUCCAGUGGGUGGAGGACGUACAACUUGUUAGAAUUAUAGGAUGCUCAGAUUCUCCGUCUGUCUUGAAUAGUUUAUCAUCUGAUAGGAGAGAUCUGCUAUUGGAGGUAUUCAUGUUAUUAUGGAGAAUUGAGAGAAUGGGUGUAGUAUUCUCUCAAUACUAUACACUGCAACUCCCCAACGGGCUCGGGAGGCGAAGGUCGCCAAGCUGCGCUUCUUCACACCCGCUCGCUUAAACCGGAAGGAAACACCGUUCAACUGAUGACCGAAGUCAGCCUGCAGGCGCCCAGCCCGCCACAAGGAGUCAGCCUGCAGGCUCCCGGCCUGCCACAAAGAGUCUCUAGAGCACGAUGAGCCAACUAAAGCCCCCCCCAUGGCCAAAUCCUCCUCUAACCUGGACGAUACUGGGCCAAUUGUGCGCCGCCCUAUGGGACUCCCGGUCCGCCCUAUGGGACACUACAGCCUGGGAUCGAACCCUAGGCUGUAGUGACGCCGCAACACUGCGAUGCAGUGCCUCCCAGUACAUUUGGGUGUGUAAGGGAAUGUAAUUGUUGACCAGUUAGCCAAAAGAGUUUUGAAAUUAGAUAUAAUUGAUAUUAAUGUUCCACUGGGUAGAGAUGAGGCCAAAUGUAGGAUCAGAGCCAUUUUGAUGUGUGUCAGAAGAGAUGGGACUCUGAGCCCAAGGGCCGGUGUUUAUAUGCCCUCAACAGAAAGGUCAGUGGACCAAGGUUCAAAGGUCAGAUUAGGAAGGAAGAGGUGGUGAUUGCGUUUAGGACAUUGUACAUUGAACUCAUCAUUACAUCUGGUUGGUAGCAUGUGAAUGGUUUGUGAGGUAGGCCGUCAUUGUAAAUAAGAAUUUGUUCUUAACUGACUUGCUUAGUGAAAUAAAGUUGAAAUAAAAGCAGGUUGUAAACUCCUUG